CGACGUUGUAGAAGCACGCGGACCGCGCUUAUGUUUGAGCGAUGUCGUAGGUGGGUGUAGAGGGGAGUCAUCCUGGAGAAUGGCCUUCGUCCGGUUGAACGCCCCACCUCGAUCACGGCACUUCGAGUCCCAAGAGCACGUCUUUGAUGACCGCACAUUCGUCCUUUGCGCUGAAGGCCAGCGGUGCCUACGCGUCUUGACGUCCACCUGGUAACACGAAUCUCUCGCUCGGAUUCGCAAAAGCCGCGCCCGACCCAUGCCGUUCUUCGUAGAAUAUCCCUCCUCGUUCUCCUCCGGUCGCGGAACAGCCUUGCAGACGCCAUGCUCGAGAACGAGUCGUUUGAUCUGCUGCACGUCUCCGUGGACGCAUUAUCGGGAUUUUGCAAAAGUGGAGAGUCGCAACGGAGCGUAGCAUCGGGGCCGGCAAGGACAGUAUUCAAUCGAUGGACUCGGAGGCGCAUCACCGCGGUGAGCGUCAACAUACCCGACACAACGUCGCUUCGCUCGGCAAGGCCUUGGUACAUACACAGGCGAGACGACAAGCCAUCCUCUGCACGCGGAUCAUGGCGACCUCGAAGACCCCAAGGCCGACGGCAUCCGCCAUGCGUAGGCAGCGUAGCCCCUCUUGCACCGGGAAACGUCCGCGAUCCAUCCGGCUCCGCGUCUUGGGGGCGCAACCCAUGUGGCCGUGCGCGCUGCUCGAGCUUCGCUGGGCUGGUGGCAGGGUCGCCCUCGGACGUCGCCGCGUCAUAGCCGUGUGUUAAGGCG